GUAUCAAAUCCACUCUUUAAAAUGUAAAAAAGUUUAAACUUGAGUGAUAGUAUUAGUUAUGUAAAUUUAAUACAUUUUCAAACUAAAUUAUAUAUUUUUAUUUCUUCAACAGGGAACAAUCUGUAGAACAGAACACUUACAACAGAAAAGACUGAAAAAUGAAUAAUCUGUUUAAAAGACUUCAACUUGAAGGCAGGUGCCACAAACUGAGACCUGCAGAUGUUCUUCAGAUAUCUGCACAUUCAUUACAGUCUCAUGAAUCUUGUGCUGAAGACGAGCUCAUUCUGACUUUCCUACAAAAACUUCUGAUGAUGAACUACAGAGCAAGAUACAUUAAAACAAAUGAGACCAAUGAGGAAGAAAUCAUACAACAAGAAAACAAUGAAGAUGACUUUGACAUUUUUGAAGAAAUGUCUUUGUCUAAGAAAGGAACAAGUCAAUCUGAGCGAAUCCAUCCAAUGGAUGUUCAGAUGGCCGCAUUUCAUUGUGUUGAUGGAUUCCUGAAGCAGCUGAUGGUGACUAAACUGUCCCAGUGUCAGUAUGCUCUCCCUCUGCUUGUUCCUGAUCCAUUCACACGACAGAUUGAGUUUCCUCUCUGGACAUUUAGACAAAUCAACAAGAGCUGGAAGUUGAGAAAAACCAAAAACAGUCAAAUCCAGCCAAUCUACAAGGCAGAAACUCCAACUGUAUCUUUCUUCAGGUUUGGCUCCAUGUCUUCAUCCAAGUCUGAGCUGAUGAACAGUCUGAUCAGUGAGAAACACAACACAUUCUUCCACAGAAACUGUCCAGGCAGCAGCAGAACCAGAGUACUGAUGGAUGGAGUGGUGGAGAUCGCCUGGUUCUGCCCCUCUGGAUCAUAUGAUGAUAAAUUCAAUGACUGUGUUGCAUUCUGUAAUCUACACGGUGAUGCAGGAGACCAUGAGAAACAGCUGCAGAUUCUUACUGAAAUGGCCUCAGUCAUUGUUGUUCUUCUAUCAAAACUGGACAGAAAGGACAGACAUGCAGAAAAUAUUCAAAUCUUGUCAAAGAACAGAAAGCCACUCAUUUUCCUAUUUACUGAGGAGGAAUCUACAUUAAUUGAGACACGGAAAGGAAAAUACAAGAUAGGCCUGAAGGACAGAAAUCAGUCAGAUGUAUCUGAUGAACUCAGAAGAGCUAUAAAUGAUUGUUUAUCAAAAUCAUAUUCCACUUUCAGACUUGAAGAUGUGUCCAAACACUCAGACAUCAGAGUAGAUGAGGAAGAUGAUGUAGACUGCAGGAGAGGAAGAGAAGCAGCACAACAAAUGAUUGAUUUACUGGAGAAGAAAGAUCUGACAGAAAUCAAAGAAUCAUUUCUGCCUCUUCAGGGGAAACUGUGGCAUCAGUGGUGUCAGAAGAACAAAGAACUACAUCGACCCCGAGGAGAUAAACCAGAAAUGGACAUCAGUAUAAAACAAACAAGGAUGAAGAAAAUCCGUGAACAGCAGCAUAAUUAUGAUAUCAGUCAGUUUAUGAAACUGUUUAUUAAAGAAAUGAGCUCAGAUAAUGAACAUAAGAAGAUGUUUUUCCUCAAAUGGCUUGGAAUCCUGCUGGAUGAAUAUACAUCAGCUGACCUGUCUGCUCUACAUCACAAAUAUGAUGAGAAAUGGUCAGAAGUUGUAAAACUAAAAGGAAAAUGUGAUAAAUCUGUACUCAAUGCUGAACAAACUGAACUUGAGAAAAUAUCUGAGAAACUUCGAGCAGCAACCUUUGGUUUGGAGCACAUCAUGCGAGAGAUCGGUCAGAUCUAUGAAUCAUGUUCAUCUGUGAAGAAGAACAAGAAAGACCUGCAGUUUCACUUCUCUUCUCUCCCGAGUCUUGCAGCAGAGAUGAUGAUCUCUGGAUUUCCACUGGAGCUGAUGGAUGGAGAUGCUGCUCAUGUUCCUGUGAUCUGGAUCUCUGCUGUUCUAGAUCAACUUAUCCAGAAACUGGGAGACCAGAGAGUCUUUGUGCUGUCAGUUUUAGGGCUCCAGAGCUCUGGGAAAUCCACCAUGCUGAAUGCCAUGUUUGGACUCCAGUUUGCCGUCAGUGCUGGCAGGUGCACCAGAGGAGCUUUCAUGCAGCUGGUCAGAGUGUCAGAUGAGAUGAAAACACAGAUGAACUUUGACUAUAUUCUGGUUGUUGAUACUGAGGGUCUUCGUGCUCAGGAAUUGGCUGGAAGAUCAACCAGACAUCAUGACAAUGAAUUGGCCACAUUUGUUGUUGGCAUUGCAAAUCUGACAUUGAUCAACAUCUUUGGAGAAAACCCUUCUGAGAUGCAGGACAUUCUUCAGAUUGUUGUUCAGGCCUUCAUGAGGAUGAAGAAGGUCAGACUGAAUCCCAGCUGUGUGUUUGUGCAUCAGAACGUUUCAGACGUCACAGCUGGGCAGAAAAACAUGGAGGCAAGGAGACGACUGCAGGAGACACUGGAUGAGAUGACAAAACUUACUGCUGAAGAGGAACACUGUAAGAUUGAAUGUUUCAGUGAUGUCAUUAGAUUUGAUGUUCACAAUGAUGUGAAGUAUUUUGCUCAGUUCUGGGAGGGCAGCCCACCCAUGGCACCAACCAACCCAAACUACUGUGAGAAUAUUCAAGAACUAAAGAAAACUAUCAUGUCUCAUGCCACAGAGUCAAAUAGAAUGGUGCUGAAAGACUUAAAAGAUCGUAUUAAAGAUCUCUGGGAGGCUUUAGUGAAUGAACAAUUUGUCUUCAGCUUCAGAAAUUCUCUGGAGAUUUCAGCCUACAGGAAGCUGGAGGCAAAAUACAACAAGUGGUCCUGGAGUCUUCGUGCUGCCAUGAUGGAAACUGAGAACAAACUUCACAACAAAAUAGAAAAUGAAGCAAUUCAUGAAGUUGAGGAAACUGAUCUUCAAAGAGAACUGAAGAAGACAAGUGAAGAAGUGGAAAAAUCAAUGUCUGAAUUCUUUGAGAAAGACAAAGAUAAAUAUGUACUGAUUCAGUGGAAAACAUCAUUUGAAAUCAAAAUCAAAGAGCUUCAGGAAAACAUUGUGAGAGAAACAAAGAGGAAAUUAAAUGAAAUUCUUCAUCAGCGAGACCUGAAGAAAAAGAUUGAUGCUCAAAGGACACAUCAUGAAAACACUCUCAUUGUCAAGAGCAAACAACUUGCCUUAAAACUCAAAGACAAAGCAAAUGAUGAAGAAACAUUGAAGAUGAAGUUUGAUUUGUUUUGGAAACAGUGUGUGAAAAAGAUCAUGACAGACUCUUGUGUAAUUAGAGACAUUGACAUAUUGAGAGAUGUGAGAGAGAUCCUCAUUGACAUUUAUCAUUUCCAAGUACACCACAGAAAAGAGGAUAGUAUGUACAAAAAUAUUUUCUCUGUGCCGAGUUAUUCUGAAUAUGUUAUUUUCAGAAAGUUCACAAAUAGUGGGACUGAAGAGACUUUAAAGGAUGAAACAUUAGAAUCUGAUGAUACUCUGUCUCCAGAGGAUGAAACUCAAAUAAGAUCAUUAGUCACAGAUGUUCAACAGCAGACAGACAAAAUGAUUCAGUCAUUUAACAUUUCAAAGAUGGGCUACGACAUCAGCUACAUUCAACAACUCACAAACUACAUCAAGAUGAGAGUAAAAGAAUAUGAGGAAAAAACAGUGAAAUAUAAGUUCAAGAAUGAAUUCUUCAUUGAUUUGGUUUAUUCCAUCUGUAUGACAGCAAAUGAGAUGAUCACUGACCAACACAGACUGUUCAGAGAUGCCAAUGAUCCUGUAAUAUAUGUUGAGAAAAAGAAAGAAGAGUACUAUAGUAUUUUCCAGAAAUACUGUCGUGGAGCUACAUCAGCUGCCAUUUUUGGAAAUAUCAUCUGUCAGAAACUGAAAGAGCCCAUUGAGCAGAGUGUCUACAAGAAGACUGCCAGAGAUCUAACAGGUGAAAUGAGAUCAAACUGUGAAUCAUUGAAUGGAAACAGAUCAAAUCUGGAGAAACACAUCCUGAAGACACUGGCAGAAGAGGAGGAUUUUGACAAAUACAUGAAGUACAUUCAUAAUCCCAGAGAUCACUUCAAGAGUUUCAUCAGAGAUGAAGUCAGUCGGUACAUUACUGAUAAGUUCAAUGUCAAUGUUUUACCCAAGAUGAAGGAGAACAUUAAACUCUUGUCACAGAAGAUCAUCAAAGCAGCACAUGAAUCUGCUGGAUGUGUUAAAGUGAACAAAGAUGUUGGUUUGUGGUUGAAGAUUUUCACACAGCAGCUCUCAGAUGUGCUGAUCUUCUCUGAAAAAGACCUCAGCGGAGUCAAACAUGAUGAUGUUGAUGUGAAACUCCUAGAAGAUGUGAUACAAAAAAACGAACUUCCUGCUGUAAUGUCUGAAAUCUGCAGUAGGUUCAACAGAAACACAUUUCCAGCCAAUCUGGACUAUAAGUCCAGACCAGAUGAGCUUCUGAUUGAUCACUUCUGUCAGUGCUGUUGGGUUCAGUGUCCGUUCUGUAAAACCACCUGCACCAACACCAUAGAAGAGCAUGAUGGAGAUCACAGUGCUCCUUUCCAUCGUGUUACUGGACUGAAUGGGUGGUUUUACAGAGGAACAACAUACUUGUCUAUUGAAAUCUGUACAUCAGCAGUAGCAAGUAAACGAUAUUUUUAUCACAGUGAAUCAUAUAUAACAGUUCCCUGGAAAAACUACAGAAGAGCAGGAGGAGAUUAUGCAGACUGGCGCAUCACCCCUGAUUUCUCUGAGCUGCCCUACUGGAAGUGGUUUGUGUGCAGAUUCCAGAAAGAUCUGGAAGAAUACUACAGUAAAACAUUUAGAAGAAUUAGUAGGAUACCAAGUGAAUGGAAAUAUACAAAACCAGAAGCUUUAGAGAGUUUGGAUCAAUGCAUCUAAUUAAGAUACAGAAUGAGAGGCUUCCCAGCAAUCAAUAGCAGUCAUUUCACCAUCUCGGUUAAAUAUAGACCCGAUAUAGUCAGACAAUGAUGAACCCAUUUCCAACCAAAAUAACCUUGAAUUUGGUUACAUGUCGUUUUUACCAAGAUAACUGUAAGAUAUUCCGUCUUGUAAGUAAAGUCAACAGUGUUUACAAGAUAUUUGGUUUUGUUUCUUUAACAUGUUCUAUGCGUAGUGGUCUAAUUGAUGACUAGUCUAUUCUUGGGCUAUGGUUAGAUGUUUAUAAAAUUUUCACUGA